AUGCGCAAGGCCCAAAGGACUCGGUCCCUCACUCCUCCCACAGAGGUUCAGCGUCUGACCGACCCAAGUACUUUGGCCUACAAGGAAUCCGUUCUUCGACGCUAUAGCUCUGCCGAAAGGUUGGGUAAAAAGACACGAAACCAAUCGUCUAGCUCAACCCCCACAUCCUUCUUCAAAUUCUGUUGCACGCCUCAGGCCGAACUGGCCUUGAAGCCCCAGCCUGUCGAGAAGAAGCCGGCGAUGUUGUCAAACUUCUUCCACCCCACCAAGACAGCUGACCUCCACCCAUCUCCCGAAGCGACUGGCGACUUUGACAACACCCCUUCUCCUAGUCUUCGCCCGUCGAUGGCCGACAUGUCUCUGAAAAAGCCGGAACAAGACGUCGAUUCCGUUUCGUCUGCCCGGAGCGGUGUUUUCCGCCAUGCGCUCCUCAAGACUAGCUCUGGGCGCCCAAUGGUCGUUGACCGGGACUUGCCCGCACCUCCCGUCUUGAGCCAGCAAAUCAACCCAGACGAGCCGCUCGAGAAGGUCGUCAAGGAAAAGACGCCCGAGGAAAAGGGGUACGAGCACAAAGCUACGGUAUCACUUCCCUCCAGGAACUACUCUCAAGAAGGCACCUCGUCCGCGACCGAAUCGGAUUCCUCACAUCCCAGAGAAAGGAUUUGCGUUGAUCCUGAGCUCCAUCCCGAUGAAUCGCACAUCAAAGCCCAUCACCGAGGUCUUUUGAAGGGUGCUGACUUUUGCGACACUGGAGUGCCUGGCCAACCUGUGGCUCAGCUUCCCGAAGAUGAAGGUGAAGAUAACGAUGAGUCAGAUCCAUCCAAGGAGUCGGAGCCAACGGUGAUUCUUGCGCGUGUCAAACGCGCCAUGACGGGUGACGACAAUUGUCUCUCAACUGUCGAAAUCACACUUCCUCCCAAAGUGGAGGGCCAUAGUCGUGCUACGAAAGUUCGGCCGGCCUUCAACACACCCACCUUCCACUAUCCAGUCGACCCGGCAAACCCAGGCAAUCCUGUCAGUACCAUCAGCCAACAGGCUUCGCUGGGUGUUUCCAAGGUGCGGCCGUUCGACUCGUCAAAGGAACACCAGGAAUCCAAGAUCGGCGUCAUUGGAUCACCCAUAUCGGAUUAG